CACUGCAGACUCCUCCCCCCCGCCUGGAAACCUCGCCUCAAGUGCUGGGAAUGACUCUGGCUGCCCGCGUGUAGUCACCGGCCGGCUGAGUGCAGCGUAGCUUUGCACCCAGGACGGGGUCCGCGACUCCAGGUUUGCAGCGGAGACACCGACAGGCCCGUGAUCCUGUCUGCAGCGGGGACACUGUGGGGUCUGUGAUCCGAGUGGAGACGCGACGCACAGGCUGAGGAUGAGCACCGCGAAUCUGGCGCUGCGCUGGGCCAUCGCCCUGCUCCUGGCUGCCGCUGGGGUUGCAGCAGAAGACGCGUGCAGCAGGAACGAGUUCCAGUGCAGGGACGGGAAGUGCAUCGCCAGCAAGUGGGUCUGCGACGGCAGCCCUGAGUGUCCGGAUGGCUCUGAUGAGGCCGAGGAGACGUGCAUGUCUGUCACCUGUCAAGCCAAUGAAUUCAGCUGUGGGGGCCGUGUCAGCCGAUGCGUUCCUAACUCCUGGAGAUGUGAUGGACAGAAAGACUGUGAGAACGGCUCGGACGAACAAGGCUGUGCCCCCAAGACUUGCUCCCAGGAUGAGUUCCGCUGCCAGGAUGGCAAGUGCAUCUCCCAGCAGUUCGUGUGUGACCAAGACCAAGACUGCCUAGACGGCUCUGAUGAGGCCCACUGCGCGGCCACCACUUGCGGUCCUGCCCAUUUCCGCUGCAACUCCUCCACCUGCAUCCCCAGCCUGUGGACCUGUGAUGGGGAUGGGGACUGUGAGGACGGCUCCGACGAGUGGCCCCAGAACUGCGAGGGCCGAGACACUGCCUCCCACUCGUCCAACAGCCCCUGCUCCUCCCUGGAGUUCCACUGUGGCAGCGGCGAGUGCAUUCAUCGCAGCUGGGUGUGUGAUGGCGGUGCCGACUGCAAGGACAAGUCAGAUGAGGAACGCUGUGUGGCAGCCACCUGCCGGCCUGAUGAAUUCCAGUGUGCGGAUGGCACCUGCAUUCAUGGUAGCCGCCAGUGCAACCUCGAACAUGAUUGCAAGGACAUGAGCGAUGAGCUUGGCUGCAUCAACGUGACACAGUGUGAUGGGCACGACAAGUUCAAGUGCCACAGCGGUGAGUGCAUCACCUUGGACAAGGUGUGCAACUUUGCCCGGGACUGCCGAGACUGGUCAGAUGAGCCCAUCAAGGACUGCCAGACCAACGAGUGCUUGGACAACAAUGGUGGCUGUUCCCACGUCUGCAAGGACCUCAAGAUUGGCUAUGAGUGCUUGUGUCCCAGCGGUUUCCGGCUGGUGGACCAGCACAGGUGUGAAGAUAUUGAUGAGUGCCGGGAGCCGGACACCUGCAGCCAGCUCUGCGUGAACCUGGAGGGCAGCUACAAGUGCGAGUGCCGGGCCGGUUUCCACAUGGACCCCCACACCAGGGUCUGCAAGACCGUGGGCUCCGUAGCCUAUCUGCUCUUCACUAACCGCCAUGAGGUACGGAGGAUGACCCUGGACCGCACAGAGUACACCAGCCUCAUCCCCAACCUGAAGAAUGUGGUGGCCCUGGACACAGAGGUGGCCAACAAUAGAGUCUACUGGUCCGACCUGUCCCAAAGAAAGAUCUACAGCGCCCUGUUGGACCAAGCUCCUAGCAUGUCCUAUGACACCGUCAUCAGUGGAGGCCUGCAUGCUCCGGAUGGGCUGGCGGUGGACUGGAUCCACGGCAACAUCUACUGGACUGAUUCAGUCCCAGGCAGUGUUUCUGUGGCCGACACCAAGGGUGUGAAGAGGAAGACGCUGUUCCAAGAGAACGGGUCUCGGCCCAGAGCCAUUGUGGUGGACCCUGUGCAUGGCUUCAUGUACUGGACAGACUGGGGGACACCUGCCAAGAUCAAGAAAGGGGGCCUGAAUGGUGUCGACAUCUACUCGCUGGUGACCGAGGACAUCCAGUGGCCAAAUGGCAUCACACUAGAUCUCCUCAGUGGCCGCCUCUAUUGGGUCGAUUCCAAACUCCACUCCAUAUCCAGCAUCGACGUCAACGGGGGCAACCGGAAGACCAUUUUGGAGGAUGAGAAGCAGCUGGCCCACCCCUUCUCUUUGGCCAUCUAUGAGGACAGAGUGUUUUGGACGGAUGUCAUCAACGAAGCCAUUUUCAGUGCCAAUCGCCUCACGGGUUCAGAUGUUAAUCUGGUGGCUGAAAACCUCUUGUCCCCAGAGGACAUUGUUCUGUUCCACAACGUCACACAGCCUAGAGGGGUCAACUGGUGUGAGAGAACAGCACUGCGCAAUGGCGGCUGCCAGUACCUGUGCCUGCCAGCCCCACAGAUCAACUCCCACUCCCCCAAAUUCACUUGUGCCUGCCCUGAUGGCAUGCUGCUGGCCAAGGACAUGAGAAGCUGCCUCACAGAAGCCACUCCUGUCCUGACCACCCAGCUGACAUCUGCCAUCAGGCCUGUGGUCACCGCAGCAGCCACCAGGCCGCCGAAGCAUGAGGAUCAGUCGGCUUCUGGCACCACUGGGCAGCCUGUGGACGUCCCGGGGCUUAGCACUGUGGAGUCAGUGACAAUGUCUCGCCAAGUCCAGGGUGACAUGGCCGGCAGAGGGAAUGAGGAGCGGCCGCAGGGUGUGGGCGUCUUGUCCAUCAUUCUUCCCAUUGGGCUGGUCAUUCUCCUGGUCUUUGGGGCCAUCCUGCUGUGGAGGAACUGGCGGCUGAGGAAUAUCAACAGCAUAAACUUUGACAACCCUGUGUACCAGAAGACCACGGAAGACGAGCUCCACAUUUGCCGAAGCCAGGACGGCUAUACCUACCCCUCAAGACAGAUGGUGAGCCUGGAGGAUGACGUGGCAUGAAUAGCUUCGAGAGCCAUCUCUGCGGAUCCGUUGCCGCCCAGGCAGUCAGGACACUUUCUCCACACCUCCCUGUCCAGGACUGGUCCUGCAGCCUCAGUGGCCUCUGUGUUGUUCAAAGCAAGAUAAGAGCAAAGCUGGGCUGGGAGCCAAACUCAGCAGCCUGCCCGCCCCAGGUUCUGUUUUAUAUAUUUAUUGUCUGGGGGGCAGAAAAGGCUCCUGGCUGUGCUCAAGACAGAAAAUCUGCCUGGGUUUUUUUCCCCCCUCCAUCUUUCUUUCCUUGGAAGGCAAAGAGGCGGUCUUGUCUUCUCUGCUGACACCGGGGAGGAAGGGACCUGGGUGGAGAGAAGCCUGCUGUUCCGAACAUGCCACAGUAGGUGCUAGUGACAGGGACCCAGGUACCACAGCCAAUCCCUAAACUCAGGACACAUUCGUUUACCUCCGCCCUGGGAACUUUC